AUGAACGGAGAUUGGAUGAAUCCGGAGGAUAACUAUGAUACUCCUUACGAGGUGUGUGAAACUUCGCGCUCCGACUGGGAGAGGGGAGUUCCUAUGGUUCGUCAAGAACGCGAACCCUGCACAACUCCGAUUCAGCAGCCAGGCCUUUGCGUACCGGUUCAGUACUGUCGAAACAUUUACAAUAUUCUUAAAAACAAGCAAAGGCCAUCGCAGGGAAUCAUCAACUACAUCCGUCGAGCGGUGUGCCGUUUACCCGAGGUCAGUAAGGCAGUGUGCUGCCAGUUGUCUGAGGUUGAGACGGUGGUUGGCAGUCCAACUACCGUACUGCCCACGAAUUGUGGAUCUACGGCAGCAGAUCGAGUUGCUUACGGGCAAGAGACCGCUGUAUUCGAGUGUCCAUGGAUGGCCUUGCUGAGGUUCAAAGAUUUUGACCAAGAAAUCGUUGAUGGUUGUGGGGGAACGUUGAUUCACGAGCGUUACGUUCUGACAGCUGCUCACUGCUUGCAUGACAGUAAGCUCACACUAGAUCAUGUUCGGCUGGGAGAACACAAUAAAAUUACGGCUAUUGACUGUGAAGGAGAAGAAGGAGACUGCGCGGGACCAGUUCAAGAUGUCGCGGUUGAAAACACGAUCACACAUCCAAGUUACAAUCGACCAAGAUUUAGUAACGAUAUUGGACUUAUACGAUUAGCAUCCAGCGUAACAUUCAGUGAUCAAAUAAAACCCAUCUGCCUGCCUGCGACUGAUGAAUUUCGUAAUUUGUUGCACAACAAGUACGUGCUGACCGGUUGGGGAACGACAGAGGCCAACUCUGUCUCGAAUGUUCUGCUGAAGGCGUAUCUUCCACGGGUGGAAAACAGUAAAUGCGAGCAGAUAAUGAAAAACAAUAGUUUAUCGAUAACACUCAGCGAAAGUCAACUAUGCGCGGGAGGUACAAACUUAAAGGACAGCUGCAGGGGUGACUCGGGAGGGCCGCUGGGAACGGUUGGACUGUUGCACGGGGAGCCACGUUUUAUACAGUUCGGAAUAGUUUCGAUCGGUGUAAACAGCUGUGGUAUAAAAAACAUUCCCAGCAUUUACACCAGGGUCGGGCACUAUAUGGAUUGGAUAGUGGAAAAUAUAAAACCAUCAUGA